AUGUAAACUAAUGGCCGCCAAUCUCUGGAGAGAUCCUUUUUCGUUACUUUGAUGUUUUUAGGGUCUUCAAUUUUUUAAAUAUAGUUUAUAGAGUUAAUAUAUAUUUUCAUAUGGUUAAUUUUAGUUUGCAAAACUACUAAUUUACCUCUUCCCUUCCCGUAUCGAUGCACCAUUCUGGCACGUCUUUUUACUUCUUUACUGAACUGAAUCAGUACAGUACUUACUGCUAUUACUAUUAUUACCCCCAAUCAUUAACAUUCAUUAAUGAAUUUAUAGAUAUUUAAUAAUACUUAAUCAGGUGACAGAAAAUUUGAAAUUAUUUACAGUUAAAUGCUUUAAAAUAUCCAGAGGAAAAUGUCUGCAAAGAAAGGGGCUCCAAAAAGUAAGAGACCUACAUCAGGGAAAAAGGGAAAGAAAGAGGAGAUAGAAGAUCCUAUCAUUGCAUUUCUUAAAAGAGCAGCUGAUGAAUUGAGAGAAGAGAACACCUCCCUAAAAGAAUCUGCUGCUUCUUACCAUGACAAACUGCACGAUGUAAUUCAGCAUGUUUUGGCUGUGAAUGUUGACAACUAUAAACUACCAGAAGGUUGCAACCUUGUAGAUAUUCCAGUGCCAGACAUUGCAACCAUGUUAUCAAACUUAACUGUAUCUGGAACCAGCUUACAUUCUUAUGAACUUCGACUUGAGGAACUAGAGACAAGAAUAACACAACUGAACAAUGAGUUGGCAAAGUUACUAAAGCUCAAGUUAAAAAUUGAAAAUGAACUGAAAGACAUGGAAAGAAUGUACUCUGUGGAAGAUUUAAAGGUUCAAGCUAAAAGAAUGUGGUAUGACUGCUGUAAGUAGAUACAUUAAUUUAAUAUUAUUUUGUAUUAUCAGGCCCAUAUGUAGCAAUAAUACGUAUACAUAUGAAUAUAUUCACAUUUGGUCUUUAUCUAACUAUUUUAUAUUAAUAAUUUUAUUAAAUACUAAUUGGGCAAUGUGUAGGGAGAGCAAUAAGUUUACUUGCUGAGAAAUAAAUUUUUAUACAAAUCAGAUAGAUGAUUUAUAUUUAAACUAAUUGUUAAAGGAGUUUAAAAUAAUUUUCAGGUACCACUCAGAUAUUUGCAUCACCAGAGACGAAAAUAAAUAGUUUUUCCUCAAAUGGCCAGAACAUACUUAAUCCAAACUGUAGUGAAUUGCAUCCAAGAGCCUAUUCAGCAAUGAGUAGAUGUAAUACAGAUUACCCAGCAUUAAAUGAAGAAUUGGAAAUUCCACCACUUUAUCUCAGUGUAUUGAAACCGAAAGCCAGGAGCAUUACUUUAACACCGAGGGGUCCAGAGAAAGAGGAUUUAACCCCUGUAGGUUACCUUUACAUUUUUGAUUUGACAGUUUUCAUAACCAAGUAUGUGCAAUGGGGCUUUAUUAAAUUGAAUUUACCUGAAAUUUCUUUUAUUAUAUAUUUUGACUAGUUAGGAACUCUAAGCUAAUGAGAGGACAUUGCAAACAAUAAUUUUCCACCUCAAAGUAGUAAAAGAAAAUGUUUCAUUUGCAAUCAGUUUUAUUAACUUUUUAAAAGUUAAUUUUAUAGCCUGUAAUUCCACAAGUAAAUUCCAAAAACUUUUUGCAUCUGUUUAAAUACAGCCUGACAUAAAGCUUCCAGGAGAGACCCACAUCUUUGACAUGCAUAAUGGAUUGAGAAGUCAGAUUAUCAGAAGCCUCAGCAAACGUAAAGGAAAUGGUAAUUAAAACCUUUUAGUUGUUAGUACUAUGUAUAUUUUUUAGCCCAAUGUUAUUGAAACUUAAAAAAGACAUUAUAAUUCAUUCAUAGCAUGGUUUUUUAGUCAUAUUCUUUAGAAUUUCUUAUAAAUGUUAUUUACUAUAGUCAAAUUUGAAAACUGUUAACAAUAUCUUAUAAAAGCUUGAAGAUGAAGUAAAAAGUUUUGAAUUUGAAAUGAGAAAAUUUUAUGAGGAAAAAAAUAAACCCAAAUUUUUUAUAAACCUAACUGACAGCAAAGUGAAAUUUAUUUGAAUUUUUCAGUUUAUGUUGUAUUUUUUAGUGAACUAGUAAUAUUUACAAUAUUACAAUUAAUUUAUCAUGUGCUGGACUCAUUGUUUUAUUUUGCUUUUAGGAAAUGACUGGCGUUUGAUAGCAGCAAGAGUAGGUCUUCCUGAUGAUCUGAUUGAACACUGGCUGAGAAUGAAAGCCCCCAAUGCCAUGGCUUUGGUCAUGAAGGUGUGGGGGGAUAGUGCUGGGGCUACUGUACGCAUGUUACACAGACAUCUCGUAUCACCUCAGAUGAAGGAAGUCAUGCUUGCAAAAAUGAUAUCAGAUUUUUAUGAUGUUGAUUAACUAAGUUAUCCCAGUAUGAAUACAUUAGUUUUCUUUGCUGUUAUAUCUUACAUACAGAUUUAAAUUUUUGUAAAAUUUCAUAGUGUAAUUUUUAAUAAGGAGCUUUAACACCAGCCAUUAUAUUUGAUUAUAAUAUUUUUGUAAACAUCCUUACUGAAGCACAUAACAAGUCUUGUGCAUUUGGGAAAUCUUGUUGAUAGCUCUGUCAC